UAUAUAUGUUCACAUUCUUUGUGCUCUCUCUCAUUCACUAUAAAUACCGGCUACCUCUUCCUGUUUCUCAUUCCAAACAGUUACCACCAUCUUUAAGCUUCCCCUUCACUACAGCUAGUCAUGGCUCUCUCUAAGCUUCUAGUUGCAUCCCUUCUCGCAUCACUUCUCCUCCUCCAUCUUGUUGAUGCUGUUGAUCAACAGGGAUACGCACAGACGCUGGGUUCUCUGAAGCAAAUAGAUUGUAAAGGAGCAUGUAGUGCUCGGUGUCGUUUAUCAUCUCGUCCAAACCUCUGCAAGAGAGCCUGUGGAACUUGUUGUAAACGGUGCAACUGCGUGCCACCUGGCACUUCUGGAAACCAUGAUGUGUGUCCCUGCUAUGCCAGCUUGACCACCCACGGUGGCAAACCCAAGUGCCCAUAGAUACAAACACUUACAUAAAUAAAUAAGUUUGUUUGUGUGGAGUCAAACAUGUUUUCAAUUCCUGUUGAAUCAUCGAGUGUUAAUUUAUAAUUAUAAGUUUGUUUACUACUUUAAUUUACUUACAGAAUUAAUAAUUAUGUUGUGAAUUUAUAGCCCUUUUUGUGUGUAUUGUAUGUAUGCUUUGCUUGUUGUAUUGUAUUAUUUGUAUUUGUACUGCCUACAAUUUAUAUGUUAAUAAGAAAUUCUGAGUUCGUCUUUUUA